UCAAGCGUCUUUACAGCCAAACCACAACAUAGCAUAGAAGUAUUGCAAACAGAAACCGAUCAAGCAAUGUCCAGCCACUGAGACAGAGUUAGAUGGAUCACCUCCCGAAGCUCAAUCAAGAUCAGGUAUUCAGGUUCGGAGUUUACGGACGCUUGGAAAAUACUUUCUUGAACCGUCAUGAGAAACAUGUAUCUAUUUAGACCCAAAUUCUGAAAUCUCUCAUCUCAGAUCAGGCUAGGAACACUUGAUAACCUUCUAAUUCUGUGAACAUACUAAUCGAUUUAGUCCCCACGACAACGUGAAACUAGUUCAUCCACGCCAUUGAAAUCCUCUGGCCCCAUUUGAAACGAAUGAAUCCUGCAUGUGCAAUGGAUGGGAUUCCUAGCAGGCUAGCACCGACAUGGCACUAAUCUGCUGCCUUGGAUGGGAGUUAUAUAAUAAUCGAACGGAAAAAGGCCGGCGUUGUAUUAUAUAUAGUCGGAGCCUCGGAUGAUAGGAGAGAAGAAAAUUAAAUCAAAAGGAAAACCUCACGUAAUCACGUUCAACCACUCGUCUUAAAAGUUCCACUGGUGUGGAAGGUGAGGAACGCGCUCUCUGCAGUCUGCCCACCUCUGGCUCUGGCAGUCAAAGCGGGGGGCCCCUAUUUGUUGCGGGGAAGGUUGGCAGGUCCGUGCCCCGCGACGCGAGCCCGCGGCCGAAAUUUCACGCAACCAAACCAAACCCCAAGGCCAAACCGGAGGAGAGAGGUAGCAGCAAAGCGAGCGCGGGGCGGCGGCCGGCACCGGGCGGCGGCAAUGUCGGCGCUGCAGAGCUGGCGCAAGGCGUACGGCGCGCUCAAGGACUCCACCACCGUCAGCCUCGCCAACCUCAACUCCGACUUCAAGGAUCUCGAUGUGGCGAUCGUGAGGGCCACCAACCACGUGGAGAGCCCGCCCAAGGAGCGCCACCUGCGCAAGAUUGUGGCGGCGACCUCCAUCGCGAGGCCCCGGGCGGACGUCGCCUACUGCAUCCAUGCGCUUGCCCGGCGACUAGCCAAGACACGGAAUUGGAUCGUUGCCCUGAAGACACUUGUGGUGAUUCAUAGGCUUCUCCGCGAAGGUGAUCCUGCAUUCCGUGAAGAGUUUCUUACGUUUACACAGAGAGUGCGGAUUUUGCAGCUGUCAAACUUCAAGGAUGACUCCAGCCCUGUUGCUUGGGAUUAUUCUUCAUGGGUUCGCACAUACGGGUUGUUUUUGGAGGAAAAACUAGAAUGCUUCAGGGUCUUGAAGUAUGACAUUGAAGCUGAGUGUUUGCCCAAACAAGGUCAAGGACCUGAAAAGUUCCAGGGCCACAGUAGAACUAGAGAAUUAAAUUCUGAGGACUUGCUGGAGCAAUUGCCGGCGCUGCAGCAAUUAUUAUAUCGACUUAUUGGAUGUCGGCCAGAAGGAGCCGCAAAUAACAAUUAUCUGGUGCAAUAUGCUCUAGCUCUGGUUCUUAAAGAAAGUUUCAAAAUUUACUGUGCGAUAAAUGAUGGAAUUAUCAACCUUGUUGAUAAGUUUUUCGAGAUGCCAAGGCACGAAGCACUCAAAGCUGUUGACAUUUACAGGAGGGCUGGCCAGCAGGCUGGAAGCCUAUCUGACUUCUAUGAAAGUUGUCGGAGCUUAGAGCUUGCAAGAAAUUUCCAGUUUCCCACUCUGAGGGAGCCACCACAAACAUUCCUUUCAACCAUGGAGGAGUAUGUGAAGGAGGCUCCACGAAUUGUACCAGUUACAGAGCCACUGGAGCUUCCUGAGCGACUUCUUCUGACAUAUAAACCGGAAGAAGCAGAAAAAGCUCCUGAGCCUGUUCCUACUGUAGAGGAAAAACCACAAGUUGUUGAAGAACCUGCUCCAGUAUCAUCUUCUUCUGAAAUAGCAUCACCUCCUCCCCAGCCUGAGAUCGCAGAUACUGGUGAUUUACUGGGGUUAAGUGAUCCAAACCCAUCUGUGUCGGCAAUAGAGGAGAGCAAUGCUUUGGCCUUGGCUAUUAUUCCAACAGGCAUCGAUAAUUCAACAGCAAACACAGCUACACAGCAAGAUAACGGUUUUGAUCCAACAGGAUGGGAACUUGCUCUUGUUGCUACUCCAAGCAGCAAUACAAACCCACUGGCUAUGCAGAGUAAUUUGGGCGGUGGAUUUGACAAGCUCACAUUGGACAGCCUAUACGACGAGGGAUCCUACAGGCAGAUGCAGCAACAGCAGCUAUAUGGGUCAGCCCCUCCGAACCCUUUCAUGGCAAACGAUCCAUUCGCAACGUCGAAUCAAGUAGCUGCCCCGCUGUCAGUUCAAAUGGCCGCCAUGUCUCAGCAGCCCCAGCCCCUGAUGAUUGAAGCAAAUCCUUUUGGAUCGCCACUACAGCCGCAGCACGCCAGCAUGGUUCCGGCAGCAAACCCCUUCCUCGACGCUGGGUUCGGUGCGUUCCCGGCAGCAAAUGGGAUGCACCCACAGGCCAACCCCUUCGGAGCGGCACAGCUUCUCUAGACAUACAACACGUACGAGAUGUGGAAUGUGUAGAAAUCCAUACGAGACGAGCAAUCUGCUUGCCGAAGAGCGGUUUCCUUCAUGAUCAGUGAGGCUAAUCACCACGCCAUCUCUAUAGGCUUUGGCCGCUUGGCCAUUCUUCUGUAGCUGUCCGUUUUGAUGUGCAUUGGGUUUUAACCAUCUUAGGGGCGGCCAUGGGACCCCGGCCUCCUUGUAAAGAAAUUUGUUUCCUUAUGUAAAACUACAUGUCAAUAAAAAGUAGCAGUCCAGGACCCAGUUAACUCGUUCUC